AUGGCGGCCCGAUACCUGUGGCGCGCCAAAUCCAAACUAUUUUUGACGGCCACUGCAGCCGCCGGCGCCGGUGCCGCAGCGGCGGCUAUCUCCAGCUCCGAAGACGCCGCCUCCGCCGUAAAGCUCUCCACCGCCGUACCCAUCCGGCUUUUCCGCAACGCGUUCACCGCCGCCGCCGUUGCUUUCGAUUACGAAUACUCUCUCUGGGGAUUGCCUGAGGGUAGCGCUGAAAGAGAAAGAACAAAGCGUGAAGUUCACACCAGGGGCGCUCUUAGACUUCGGGAGCUUUGCUUUAAAAAUGGCGGAAUCUACAUUAAGUUGGGUCAACAUAUUAGUCAGCUGGAAUACUUGGUGCCAGAAGAAUAUGUCCAGAUAAUGGGCCAGUCAAUGCUGAACAGAUGUCCAGUUUCGUCAUACAACCAAGUGCGUGAAGUUGUCAAGAAAGAACUUGGAGGGGAACCUGAUGAAAUAUUCCAUGAAUUUGAUUCUGUCCCCAUGGCAAGUGCUUCUUUGGCGCAGGUUCAUGUCGGUCGAACUCGUGAUGGACAAAAAGUUGCUGUGAAGGUUCAGCAUACACACAUGACGGAUACUGCAGCUGCAGAUUAUGCAACUGUGGAGUUACUUGUGAAUACUUUGCAUUGGUUUUUUCCUUCUUUUGAUUACAGGUGGUUGGUUGAUGAAAUGCGGGAAAGUUUACCAAAGGAGUUAGAUUUCUUGAUUGAGGCCAAAAACAGCAUAAAAUGCAUGGCCAAUUUCCAAAAGCUCUCUCCACAUAUUGCUGAGUAUGUUUAUGCACCAAAAAUACAUUGGAACUUAAGCACAUCAAAGUUGUUGGUGAUGGAAUAUAUCGAUGGGGCUCAAGUAAAUGAUUUGAGGACCAUAGAGAAGUUAGGAAUUCAUCCAAGUGAUGUUUCCAAAUUGUUGAGUCAAGCUUUUGCAGAAAUGAUGUUCAAACAUGGUUUUGUACACUGUGAUCCACAUGCUGCAAAUGUGCUUGUUCGUCCAUUGCCUUCUGGUGGUUGGAGAAUUUUGGGAAAGAAAAAACCGCAGCUGGUAUUGUUGGACCAUGGUUUAUACAAGGAUCUCGACAUCUCCACGCGGAUUAACUAUGCUACCCUGUGGAAGGGUUUAAUAUUUUCUGAUGCCAAUGCAAUUAAGGAAAAUAGUGUGAAACUAGGUGCUGGGGAGGAUCUUUAUGCAUUAUUUGCUGCUAUUCUUACAAUGAAGCCUUGGGCAAAAAUUAUUGAUCCUGCUAUGGAUCAUCUAGUGGUUCGGGGCUCUGAUAGUGAGCGUGCUGAACUCCAGAUGUACGCCUCCCAAUACUUCCCUCAAAUCUCUGAGCUUCUCAGGAGACUCCCUCGUGUUAUUCUUUUGAUGCUCAAGACAAAUGAUUGCAUACGUGCCGUCAAUCGAGCACUGAAACAGGGUUCUUCUCUCGAGACAUUUCUGAUUGUCGGAAGAGUUUCUUCUGAAGCCGUGAUAGAAUCGAAAUUGUUGCACAGUAGGUCCAUUAUGUCCCGUGUCCAUGUGUGGCUCGAGGAGUUCCUCUUAGAAGUCCGAUUAUUCGGAUUGCAGAUUGCUCUAUGGCUUUUAAAACUCCAGAAAGCUUUGACAUUGUGA